AUGAAUCGUUUUAGUGAUAUUGAUUUAACAUUGAAAAGACUUCCAACAGUUUAUGGUUAUCGCAGUGAAAAACUUGUUUCAUUUGAAAAAGCUUUAGAACCUAUUGAAUCACAAAUUGAUAAACUAAAAUCUUAUGUAAAAACAGCUAAAAAAUAUUGUCAUUUUCCAUCAGAAGACGGAUUAACACUUGAUGAAUCAGCUGCUGUUUAUAUUUAUACAAUGGAAUGGGGUGAAACUAGUUUAUAUCGUCUUCUUAAUAAAGCAUUAAGAGAUGAAAAUAGACAAAAUGUUAAAAUUUGGUUUUCUUAUUUAAAAUUAUUCGACACGGCAUUAGAUAAAUUACCAACUAUUAAAGAAAGUGUCUGGAGAGGUGUUCCGCUUGAUAUUGGAAAGAAUUUUACCAAAGAUCAAGUUUUAACAUGGUGGACAGUAAAUUCUUGUUCAUCUUCAGUCAAGGUUAUUGAGAAUUUUCUUGGAAAUAAUAAAUCAACGCUUUUUUUAAUUGAAACAAUUAAUGGAAAAAAAGUAUCCGGCUAUACGAUGUAUGAAAGUGAAGAUGAAGUUGUUCUAAAAAUUGGAACAAAAUUUCGUGUUAAAAGUGAUGCCUUAAAACUUUUAAGUCAAUCACAUAUUGUGCAUUUAAUGGAAAUUGAUGGCAAUGAUGAUGGUAAAUUAUUGGCAUCGACCAUGGGCAAUCUUAGUGUCACACCAAAACCAUCAAAUCUAGGAGCAUCCAGUAAGUCAUUUUUAUUCUUUCUUUAA